AUGGAGACCAACCGUAGUCAAGAAUCAAGAGAUCGUCAAAGACAAAGACGUACACAGAAUGCAAGAGACAGAAGAGAAAGAAUGACUACAGAGCAAAGACAACAACAUCUUGAAAAAAGGAGAACAAAUUAUAGACAAGCAAAAGAUAAAGGCAAACAAGUUCAAACAACAACCGCUACUAAUGUGGAUCCUGUGAUGCCAUUUCAUGACUUAUCAAAUACCAAUUUUGCUUCAACACGUUAUUAUGGAAAUCAUGAUCAUGAAGCUGGACCAAGUACUAUACAUACUAGCCACAUGACAUUUGAUCAAAAUUCUCAUUUCACAAAUUUUCAAGGAAAUCAUAGCUACGAAGCAGGCCCAAGUACAACAAACGUUGAUGACACUAUGCGUGAAAUGCCAAACAUUUUUCGAGCCACGCAUAAUUGUGCUCGAAAUUUUCAAAACAACACCAUCAUGGCGAAAGCCCUGUUACCUACUCCGAGAAGAUGUACACAUUGCAACGCAACAUUGUUUUACAAAGAAACCCAAGAUAUGUGUUGCAGAGGUGGAAAGGUCACACUUACACAAGUCCCUGUUCCUGAAGAGUUGCUACAAUUAUUUUCAGACAACUCAGCUGAAGGAAGACAUUUUCGACAACACAUUAGAAGCUACAACCAUGUAUUGUCGUUUACUUCGCUUGGUGUUCAUAUUGAUGAAAAUCUAAUCGCUACUGGACGUGGAAUAUAUACAUUUCGCGCUCAAGGGGCGUUAUACCACAAAAUAGGAGGCUUCCAUCCAAAUCAAGGUUCAAGGCCACGUUUCUUGCAGUUAUACAUUUAUGAUACUGAACAUGAGCUUCAAAAUAGGAUGAUGGAAAAUCCUCAACUAAAUCAAGUUGUAGUGUAUAGGUUGCAACAAAUACUCCAUCAAUGUAAUCCUUUUGUGAUUAAGUUAAGGCAACUUGCACUACAACCAAAUGUUCAGCAAUGUAGGUUUAUUAUAAAGGAACGCCCAAUAAAUGAACCACAAUAUAAUCUACCAUCUGCUUCUCAAGUCGCAGCGAUUGUUGUCGGAUGUGACGAGGACACAAUCGAACGUGGAAGAGAUAUAAAUGUCGUAGCUUACGAUGGAAGUCUAACCAAGGUUCAAGAAACUAAGGGGUUUUAUGAUCCUCUACAAUAUCCUAUAUUGUACCCUUUUGGCACGUAUGGUUGGGACCUCAACACAAAAAACAAUAUUGGAGGAAGUCUUACAUGUCGUGCAUACUACAGUUACAUGCUUCAGAUUCGUCCCAAUGAUCGAUCUGUUUUUUUAAAAUCGGGUCGACUUUUACAACAAUACGUCGUAGAUAAUUAUGUCAAAAUUGAGACGGGAAUUUUAAGGUGGGUUCGACAACAUCAAGCUAAUAUUCGAUCUGAAGUAUAUCAGGGGUUGCAAGAUGCAUUACACGAUGGAGAAAAUAAUGGAGAUAAUGUCGGACAAAGGACAAUACUGCCAUCGUCUUUUAUAGGCAGUAAACGAGACAUGGCACAAAGAUAUCAAGAUGGUAUGGCUAUCGUGUUGAAGGAUGGCAAGCCAGAUAUUUUCCUUACAAUGACAUGCAAUCCUUCUUGGUCUGAAAUUACUUCUGAACUUGGCCCACAUCAAACUCCGCAAGAUCGUCCUGACUUGCUAACAAGGAUUUUCCGAUCCAAAUUUGAGCAACUUAAGGAGGAUGUCAUUAAAAAAGGAGUUUUGGGAAAGGUUAAAAGUUAUAUGUACGUAACCGAAUUUCAGAAAAGAGGACUACCGCAUGUGCAUAUGCUUUUGAUCUUAGAUAAUGAUGACAAGUUACGUGAACCAGAAGAUUAUGAUCGAGUGGUAAGAGCAGAAAUACCAAAAGUUGAAUGUGAACCACAAUUACAUGCGGCAGUGCUAAAACACAUGAUCCAUGGGCCAUGCGGCAUGCUCAAUGAUAAUUCACCAUGUAUUAAAGACGGUCAAUGUAGAAAAAAAUACCCAAAAAACUUCGUACAACAUACACGUCAAGGAAAUGACUCAUAUCCUGAAUACAGAAGACGAUUUGGUGAACCAGUCUACCUAAAUAGAAAUAAGUCUAUUGAUAACAGAUGGGUUGUUCCUUAUAAUCCAUGGUUGUUGUUAAAGUACGACUGUCACAUAAAUGUUGAAGUUUGCAGCAGCAUCAAGAGCAUUAAGUAUUUGUAUAAAUAUGUUUACAAAGGUCCAGAUCGUGUUGCGAUGGAAGUUCACAGAGGUCAAAAUAUCGACGAGGUUCAGCAAUAUGUUGAUGCAAGAUGGAUCUGUGCUCCAGAGGCGUUGUGGAAAAUUUUUAAAUUCACCAUGUACAAAUUAUAUCCAUCUGUUGAAAGACUACAAAUUCACUUGCCAAAUCAUCAUCAAGUGCGGUAUUAUAAUCAUCAAAGAAUCGUUGAUGUACUUAAUGAUAACCGCAACUCAAUAACCAUGCUAACAGAAUUCUUUGCACUAAACCAAGUAGAUCCACAUGCUAGAAAUUUUUUGUACAGAGAGAUUCCAGAGCAUUAUUGUUGGCUAAAAGGAGUAAAGAAAUGGCGGCGAAGACAAAAUCCACGAAAAGCUAUUGGUCGCAUCUAUACAGUAUCCCCUUCAGAAGGAGAAAAAUUCUACUUACGUGUAUUGUUGUCUCAUUUAAGAGGACCAACAAGUUGGGAAUGCCUUCUUACAUAUAAUGGUACAACGUUUCACACAUUCAAACAGGCAGCAGAGCGUCGGGGCUAUUUGGAGUGUGAUAACAGUAUUCGAGAUUGCUUAGUCACUGCAUGCAAUAUUCAAUUGCCAUAUGCUCUACGAAGGUUGUUUGUUACUGUAUUAAUUUUUUGUGAACCAACUGAUGUUAGAGGUCUGUUUAAUGAGUUUUACCCCCAUAUGGUGGAAGAUUAUCAAACCAUAACAAUUUUGGUGGGUGAUAACUUAACUAAUAUAUUACUGAGAGAAUUGAAGGAACAACUACUACUCCAUGGAAAAUUCAUUGAAAACUACGAUCUUCCUGCGAUAACUUUUGGCACAACUGAAAAUGAUGGAUUACCAACCACAAUCCUGGAAGAAUUGUUAGUCCAAAUUCCAAAUGAAGACAUUCAAUCUGUUGAAAAGUUAAAUAAUGAUCAGAUGAUUGCUUUCAAUACUAUUAUGAAUGUCAUCAAUCAAAAGCAAACACAGAUUUUUUUCAUUGAUGGCCCUGGAGGUACAGGUAAAACAUUCCUCUAUCGAGCUAUAAUGGCCGUUUUGAGAAGUAGAGGUGAAAUUGUCCUAGCAGCGGCUUCGUCUGGUAUAGCUGCUACAUUAUUGCCUGGUGGAAGAACUGCACACUCUAGAUUUGGAAUACCUUUUGAUAUUGAGCCACGAUCCUUUUGUAAAAUAGGAAAGAACAGCAACCUUGCAAAACUCAUAAGAAGAGCAACUGCAAUCAUUUGGGAUGAGGCACCCAUGAUAAACAGAUAUUGUUUAGAAGCCUUAGACAGAUCUUUACAAGAUGUUAUGAGUUGUAAUGCUCCAUUUGGUGGAAAGGUAAUGAUCAUGGGAGGAGAUUUUCGCCAAGUGCUUCCUGUUAUUGCAAAGGGAAACAAGGCACAAAUGAUUUCUGCAAGUAUUGUUAGGUCUCAUUUAUGGUCAAGUACAAAGAUCCUACAUCUGCGCCAAAAUAUGCGAUCAAUGCAUGAUCAUGAAUUCGCAGAAUUUCUUAUGCGGAUUGGAGAUGGAAAUGAACCUACCAUGUCAGAAAAUAUGGUCAGGAUACCCAAUGAAAUUGUAAUACCGUGGGAGAGUGAAAAUUCAAUUCAAAAUCUUAUAGAACAUACAUUUCCCCAAUUACAAAAUCAUGCAUGGGAUGCAUCAUAUAUGGUAGAAAGAGCCAUCAUUACUCCAAAAAAUUAUGACGUUCAAAAAUUGAAUGACAUAAUUAUUGACCAGUUCCCUGGAGAUGAACAUAAUUUGAUGUCAUUUGACGAGGUUGAGGGUGAUACACAUAAUCUAUACCAGCAGGAAUACUUAAACACAAUUGCUAUUGGAAGUUUACCACCGCACAUAUUAAAAAUUAAAAAGGGAGCUCCAUUGAUGUUGUUGCGAAAUAUAGACCCCAAAUAUGGACUUUGCAAUGGGACAAGGUUGCUAUGUCGUGGUUUAUAUAUGAAUUUGUUGGAUGUCGAAAUACUUACAGGGCACAAUGCUGGAAAAAGAGCUUUUUUGCCCAGAAUUAAGCUUCAAACCACAGAAGGUGCAGGACUUCCUUUUGUGCUAACUAGAAAGCAGUUUCCCGUCAAACUAAGUUUUGCAAUCACUAUAAAUAAAUCACAAGGACAAACAAUUCCAAAUGUUGGAAUCUAUCUUCCAAGACAUGUUUUUAGUCAUGGUCAAUUGUAUGUCGCAUUAUCAAGAGGUGUCUCUCGAGCUGCGACAAGAGUGUUGAUUAAAGAAGGAAAGCUAGAAGUCAAACUACCAUACACUGAGAUAUUCCAGUUAUGUGAAGAGAUGAAAAGGAAACGCUUUGACAUGUACUUUGACACUCAAGAGGGAGAAUUCGAAAAAAAAUGGAACAUAUGGAAGGAUGAGCAAUCCAUUUCUUCGAUAAAAAAAAUUGACAACAAGGUUCAUCGUCUAAAAUUGUACUCUCUUGGAUGGGGAUCGACAAUAGUAACAGAUAAAACACAACUUUGGAAUAUCAUAAGAAAAGUACUAAUAGCUCAAAAGACAAGCAGAAAUCUCCAUUCUCCGAUAAAUCCUGAUAGCCGCCAUGGUGCUACAACUAAAUUAAAAAAAGAAAUAUCUAUUUAUCAGUUUUUCAAAAGUCAAAAAUUCAUUGAUAAAGGGAUAUAUGAAGAAUUGACAAGAAUUUUUAUAAGGGAAAUGAAAAACAAAAAUGGUUCAAAUUUCAUGUUUGACCUUCCUGUUAAGCAGCAUCAUUGA